AUGAUAUGAUGGGACGGAACAGAAUAGAAUAGAUCAAUAUGGAUAAUUUAUUUUAGGCAGAAGAGAUACUGUAAUCUCAGACACUUGAGGCUGAAAAAAUCCGAAAAACUUGAAAAUAAUUAACUCUAAAGUAGAAGUAUUUUUCUACAAUUGAUUAAAAUAACUAAGUGUGAAUUAAUUUAUCGUAAAUCAGUUCCGGGAUGACAUAGGUGCCAAGCUCAGAUCAGUAAUACACGUCGGAGCAGCUUUCUGAAUCUUCCUUGUUCUCAUAGUAUGAUUGUUCUGACAGAACCUAAACAGAAACCUGAAAACUGUCACCAGAGACCAGUUUAAUGCCAUUUAUUGUGGUAAAAUGAGAUGGACUUGUCUGAGCAGCAAAUACUUUCACUCAAAACCAACUCAUUUACUUUCUUCACUUCCCAUAAACACCUCUAAAUUUAACCACCGCCAUUAUCAACAUUUCCACCGGAAUCUUGGGUCUUUAUCGUCUGGUUUCUCGGAUAAUGCCACAAAUUCAAAGUUAUUACACUCCAGUCUUAUAAAGACUGGAUCUUUUCAAAACCUUGGUGUCACUAAUCAUCUUUUGAAUAUUUAUGUUAAGAAUUCUCAGAACUUAUAUGAUGCCCGCAAGCUGUUCGAUGAAAUUCUCUAUAGAGAUGUUCGCACUUGGACUACUCUGAUUUCAGGUUUUGCUCACAGUGGCAACUUUAAAAUGGUGUUGGGAUUUUUUAGAAGGAUGCAAAGGGAGGGUUUUUGUCCUAAUCAGUUUACCUUAUCUAGUGUUCUGAAGUGUUGCUCUAGUUCAUGUGAGAUAAGAUAUGGGAAGGGGAUUCACGGGUGGAUUUUGACCAGUGGCAUCGGGUUUGAUGUUGUUUUAGGGAAUUCACUUCUUGAUCUUUAUGUGAAAUGUGGAGAUUUGGUUUAUGCGAAAAGAUUGUUUGAUGCAAUGCAAGAGAAAGGUACUACGUCGUGGAAUAUAAUGAUCGGUGGAUAUCUGUAUGUGGGAGAUGUGGGAAGUGCCCUUGAGGUGUUUCACAGUCUGUGCUUCAAAGAUGUUGCUAGUUGGAACACGAUUGUAGAUGGGUUGAUGAGAAAUGGGUUCGGAAAUAUUGCGUUGGAGCUGCUUUAUAAGAUGGUUGAAAGUGGAACUGAGUUCAAUUUGGUUACCUUUUCUAUAGCUUUGAAUUUAGCUUCGUUUUUAUCGCUUUUGGUAUUAGGUAAAGAGGUUCAUGGUCGGGUUCUAAAACUUGCAAUUCUUGAUAAUGGGUUUAUUAGGAAUUCAAUUAUAGAUAUGUAUUGCAAAUGUGGGGAAAUGGAGGAUGCGUCCAGGGUAUUUAGAAAUACAUCUUUGGUGAUUUCUUGUGACGACUCAUUGGCAGAAAUUGUCUCAUGGAGCUCAAUGGUUUCUGGAUAUGUUAGGAAUGGUGAGUAUGAAUAUGCUUUACAAACGUUCAGCUCUAUGGUUCGUGAUCAUGUUCUGGUUGACAAAUUUACAGUCACGAGUGUUGUUUCUGCCUGUGCAAAUAUUGGGUUUUUGGAAUUAGGAAGGCAAAUCCAUGCAUACAUUCUAAAAAUUGGGCACAAAGUGGAUGCUCAUCUGGCUUCCUCACUGGUUGAUAUGUAUGCCAAAUGUGGAAGCCUAAACGAUGCUCAGAUGAUAUUUAAUCAAAACAGUGAUCUAAAUGUUGUUCUAUGGACAUCAAUGAUAUCCGGGUGUGCUUUGCAUGGACAAGCAAGGGAAGCUAUUAGACUGUUCGAGUGUAUGAUGAAUGAGGGAAUUACCCCAAAUGAGAUUACAUUUGUCGGUGUUCUAACUGCGUGUAAUCACGCAGGGUUGCUCAAGGAAGGGCACAAAUAUUUUGACCUGAUGGCGAAAGUUUAUGGCAUCAAGCCUGGUGUUGAACACUAUGCUUGUAUGGUAGAUCUUUAUGGUCGAUCUGGUUGCUUGAGUGAGGCGAUGGAUUUCAUUCAAGAAAAUGGCAUCUCCGACAUGAGUGCAGUUUGGAAGUCAUUUCUAUCUUCUUGCAAACUUCACAAAAAUGCCAAGAUGGGAAAGUUGGCAUCUGAAAAACUAGUCCAGCUUGAACAAUCUGAUGCGGGUUCCUAUGUUUUGUUAUCAAACAUGUAUGCCGCGGAUAAUAGGUGGGAAGAGGCAGCUGAUGUGAGGAGUUUAAUGCGGCAGAAAGCAGUUAAGAAACUUCCUGGACAGUCGUGGGUUCAACUCAACAAUCAGAUACAUAUUUUCAGAAUGGGAGAUAGUUCCCAUUCACAAAAUGCUGAUAUAUAUCCGUACUUGGAGAAGCUGAUUGGAAGAUUAAAAGAAAUUGGGUACUCAUCUGAUCUGCAGCCAGUGGCACAAGAUGUGGAAGAAGAGCAAAGUGAAAUUCUUCUUGGUUUUCAUAGUGAGAAACUAGCGCUUGCUUAUGCCAUUAUGCGCACAUCUUCUGGAAUGCCAAUUCGCAUAAUGAAGAAUCUUCGGAUCUGUACUGACUGCCAUAAUUUUAUGAAGUACACAUCUCAGCUUUUAGAUAGAGAAAUCGUUGUGAGAGAUCUUCGCCGGUUUCAUCAUUUUAAGCAUGGAUACUGCUCCUGUGGAGAUUACUGGUGACAGAAGCCGGAUAUGCAUGGUGAUAGCCUUGGUCUAAUUGAUUCAGUUGUUAUGACUUACAAGUGUCAGUGUCAUCCAUUUAAUCAUGAUUGGCAUUGGUAUUGUUGAACGGAAAAUUUACACGAUAUCUUAGUAUAAAUCAGAAUUGCUAAGUUCUCCGUUGUUUGAUUAUAAUGUUGCACAUAAAACAGAACGCAGGCAUCACAUCCUUGUCAACUCCACCUAAGGAUUGUUCUACAGGUUUGUAGAAGUAUUUGGAUAAAAUAUGGUUCAUUAGAUGAAUGUUCUUUGCUCGAGCUGAAUUGAUUAAUCUUACCAGAAGAAGUUUCUUUUGUAUUUUAGAAGCCAAUAAGAAAAAGCAAGUAUAAGUAAAGGAUAUAGUGUUGGUUUCCAGUGUUCAUAAUCAUAAUGUUAAGGCAAAACGUAUAUUUGGGUCCCUGCACUUAUCCGCUUUUUGGCAUUGAAUCCCUACACUUUUAUCUGUCAA